AUGAGGGUCACUGCAGGCGCCCACUCCCUGGCGCCGGCGGCCGCGUCCCCAUUGCUCCGGCUGGGACGCCGAGGCGUCGAGGGGCGGGGCCUGCAGCGGCUCCGCGGCCAAAGAUCCCUCACCCCUCUUCCCCCCGCAGUGUACCACUGGGCGGAGAUGCGGGCCAAGAUGCGCCUCAUGGGCUUCAGGGCGGAAGCCGUCAAGCCGCUCAAUGAGGACGCGGCCGCCGAGCUGGGCGCCGAGCUGCUGGGUGAGGCCACCGUCUUCCUCGUGGCCGGCGGCUGCCUGGUGCUGGAGUACUGGCGCCACCAGGCGCACCAGCGUCGCAAGAGGAGCGAGCGGCAGACCGCCUGGGAGGCGCUGCGGGAAGAGGUGGGCCACCUGGCGCUGGCGCUGGAGGCCCUGCAGGAGCAGGUGCGCGCGGCGCCUGCGCAGAGCGCGCUGGAGGAGCUGCAGGCGCAGAUGCGAGAGGUGCGCGCCCGGCUCUGCGCCCGGGACCCGCCGUCCGCCCCCCGAGCGACGCCCGAGGAAUAG